AUGGACACUACUGUGUCAAAAGCCCUAGCAUCUGCUAUGGACAUUAUGUCCUCAUCUAUUUCAAAAUCUUUUGCACAAGGUUUGUCACAAGCCCAAUCAGCGGUCCCUCUGGCAGCUAUACCAGCCGCGAUACCCACGGUCUCUCAUCCUACACACCCCGGCCACAAGGCCUCGGCUAAAGUAAAGCACUCCUCCAAAAAAAUGAUGGACAGUUCUAAACCUGUCACAGAUGGCGCGCAUAAUGAUCCACCACGCAAGAGAGCCUCUAGCCGGGCAAAAGCGGCUAGGCAUUGGAAAUGGGCUAAAGCCAAACCAGAUUACACUGAGUCCGAACUCAGUUCAGAUGAGGAGAAUGCAUUUUCAUUAGACUCAGACCAGUCGAAGGAUUUAUCCGACUUAGAUUCGGACUACAGAUUUUGUGAGGAUUCAAAACCCUCUACUAACUUGCAUACUACAGGCACGUCUAGCUCUGAUCUAACUAAAGAGGGCAAAAUACUCGACCCACAGGGUGAACCCUUAUUUGAACCUAAUGAUUUACGUCACCCCCGCUCAGCGGAAUGGUCACCGGCCAUGUCAGCAUCCCGGGUCUGCAAGCCUCUAGAUAAGGCAGCCCGAAAUAAAUUAAGAGCAGAAUGCCCACUGUACCCGACGAGGUCUGUAAGAGUUGACCCCAAGUCGACCCCAAAAUUAUUCAAUUUCUAA